UACUUCCGGGUCACGUCUCGGUGAGAACACUUGCUAAGCAGGAUGGAUUAUUGGAAUAAACCGAAGGUGUUAUAUGAGUUUUUUUAAAUAAACACGCUUAUUCUUGAAGCUGGUGUGAAAUGGCAGGGGUGUUUCUAGCCACACUCUACGAGUACUCUCCGCUCUUUUAUAUUAGUGUGGUGUCGCUUUGUUUCGUUGUAACCGCGGCUAUGGUCCUCGGCUGGUUUGGCUUUGACGUUCCAGUUAUACUUCGCAGCUAUGAUGAGCAAGAGCCCAGCUUACCAGCCGCUGAGAAGCAGAUGGUUCAGGUGACCAAUCCCUUCGCCCUAGAGUUGGGUUCUGGAUCAGCAAGUGUUAUUGAUGGUGUGCUGGUGAGACCUUGUUGUCUGGAGUCCUGUGUCCUGAGCUGUUUCUGGGGCUGUGAGGUCAGUACCCUACAAGGAGUGCUACAUGCCCACCAGCAUGGCAUGAUGCUCAGCACCCACCAGCAUUUCCAGGAAGCCCUGAACCUUCACUACUACUAUUGCCAGAAAUUCCAUAUCAGCAGUGAAGAUAGAGCAGAGCGGCACACACAGAUCCCCGCUGAUCAGGGCAUCACCGAUUUUGGACCACUGCCAAGACAGCGCUACCCUCUCGUGGCUGUGCUGACCCUGGAAGAGGCACAAGACAGACACUUGAACGACAUUGUGGCUAGUGUCAUAGUUAUUCAUGUUCCUGAUGACAAAUACAAGCUUUCUGCACGGAUUCUCUUCCAGUACCUCCUCACUUCACAAGGGAGCAUGUACGAGUUAAAGCCUCUUUUCAUGUCUGCUGACAGCGGGGGGAUGUCUGGGUCUGCUGAUCCGGGCCACACUUCCACACCCAGUGACACUGAGUGCGAGGAUCAGAUCCCAGUGAUGGAGGAGGAGGAGGAGGGCUGGUCAGAGGGGACGCAGGGCAGAGACUGUGUGGUGUGUCAGAAUGCAGCAGUGAACAGGGUGCUGCUGCCCUGCAGACACGCCUGCAUGUGUGACAGCUGCGUGUCCUUCUUCCAGCACUGCCCCAUCUGUAGAGCCUUUGUCCAGGAGUCAUUUGCGCUGACACAGAGCACUGACUGUCAGUGAACUGGUGAACAUGAUAGAAGAGAUGACUACAAGGAUCUGUCGCCUGUGUGACAGGUGUUUUGGUUAGCAGCAGAUCAGACCUGUCUGUGCUCCUUUAAGGUCUGGUGGCUUUCUUUAAAACAUUCUCCAGGACUUUACAGCAUUACCCAACCUCUGCAGUGCUUCAGCCAACCUCUGGAAUAGUUUCUACGAGAGUGACGCUGCCUCCACCAUAGAUGGAAGGAUGUUCUUGGGUUGUUCUGCAGUACUUUUGUUACACUAAACAGUUCCUUAUGUUCACUCAGUCCUUCAGCAAACAGUAGUGUUCACAGUAAUAUUGUGUUGUUUUCUGGCUGCUCUUGCUGAAAGUGGCAUCACUGUGACCGCUUAUGUUGUGGUUGUUACUCACAAAAGUAAUGGAUUAGAUAUUACUUGAUAAUCUUCCUAAAAGUAAUACAGUAUAUUACUUAUAUUCACCACUUUUGUGUUACUCCAUAAUUGUCUUAUAGUUACCAGUUAAUAAUUUAAAGCUACAGGCUGCAGUUCUGCACAACAUGUUUACGAGCUGUUGUACUUUUUACAUAUGAACACAAAACCAGCCCAGAGUGAUGGCCGGGGUGAUUGUACAGUAGAAACAGGUGGAAGUGGAAGCUACAAGGUUAUUGUUGGCUUUGUUUUUCUUGUCCUUUAAUUCAAUAAAAAGAUUGUCCAGACCUGCA